UGGAUGACGUCACCCGGCGCGUGCCGGGGUAGCCCGUAGUAACCCCGAGUCUGCGGAAGUGGUGACCCGUGGGACGCGGCUGAGACAGGAGACUGAAAGUUGUGGAACCAUAAUCUGUGACAUCAGUUUUUUUUUUUUUUUUUGAUAAGCAGCUAUUUAUGAUUCUGGAAGAUUAAGGCAGAUAGGAAACCCCAUCUGAGAUUUUAACAAAUCCCUCAAACAAUAAACCACAUCAUGGACAUACAGCUGGACCCUGCCAGAGAUGACCUGCCUCUCAUGGCCAACACCAGCCACAUACUUGUGAAGCACUAUGUACUGGAUUUGGAUGUGGAUUUUGAAAGUCAAGUCAUUGAGGGGACCAUAGUGCUUUUCCUCGAGGAUGGAAAGAGAUUCAAGAAACAGAAUAGCUCGGUUGAGGAAGCCUGCCAGUCAGAAUCAAACAAAGCCUGCAAAUUUGGGAUGCCCGAACCCUGCCAUAUUCCUGUGACAAAUGCAAGGACCUUCUCAUCUGAAAUGGAAUAUAAUGAUUUUGCAAUCUGUAGUAAAGGUGAAAAAGAUACUUCUGAUAAAGAUGGUAACCAUGACAACCAGGAACAUGCUUCUGGGAUUUCUAGCUCAAAGUACUGCUGUGACACAGGGAAUCAUGGGAGUGAGGAUUUUUUGCUAGUGUUGGACUGCUGUGAUUUAUCUGUGUUAAAAGUCGAGGAGGUGGAUGUUGCUGCUGUGCCAGGUCUGGAAAAAUUUACAAGGUCUCCUGAGCUCACGGUUGUUUCUGAGGAGUUCAGGAAUCAGAUUGUACAUGAACUUGUGACUUUGCCUGCAAAUCGUUGGAGGGAGCAGUUAGACUAUUAUGCUUGCUGCAGCCAAGCUCCUGGCUGUGGGGAACUUCUGUUUGACACUGACACUUGGAGCUUGCAGAUCAGGAAGACAGGGGCUCAGACAGCUACUGACUUUCCUCAUGCUAUCAGGAUAUGGUACAAAACUAAACCCGAAGGGCGAUCAGUUACAUGGACCUCAGACCAGAGUGGCAGGCCAUGUGUUUAUACUGUGGGAUCUCCCAUAAACAACAGGGCCCUUUUUCCAUGCCAAGAGCCACCCGUUGCCAUGUCAACAUGGCAGGCUACAGUUCGAGCAGCUGCAUCUUUUGUUUUAAUGAGUGGGGAAAAUUCUGCCAAACCAACGCAGCUUUGGGAAGGGUGCUCAAGCUGGUAUUACUAUGUAACUAUGCCAAUGCCAGCCUCCACCUUCACAAUUGCAGUGGGAUACUGGACAGAAAUGAAGAUGGAGACAUGCUCAUCAAAUGAUUUGGCAACAGAGAGACCCUUCUCACCUUCUGAGGCCGACUUCAGGCAUGUUGGUGUUUGCAGUCACAUGGAAUACCCCUGCCGCUUCCAGAAUGCUUCUGCCACCACCCAGGAGAUCAUUCCUCAUCGGGUCUUUGCCCCUGUGUGCCUCACGGGUGCCUGCCAAGAGACCCUUCUGCGGCUGAUCCCUCCUUGCCUCUCAGCAGCACAUUCUAUUCUGGGAACACACCCGUUCUCUCGGCUGGAUGUUCUCAUCGUCCCUGCCAACUUUCCAAGUCUGGGGAUGGCCAGCCCACACAUCGUGUUCCUCUCUCAGAGCAUCUUGACAGGAGGGAGCCAUCUCUGUGGGACCCGCCUCUGCCAUGAAAUCGCCCAUGCCUGGUUUGGCCUAGCCAUUGGGGCCCGAGACUGGACGGAGGAGUGGCUGAGUGAAGGAUUCGCCACUCACUUGGAGGAUGUGUUUUGGGCCGCAGCACAGCAGCUGGACCCCCAUGAGGCCCGGGAGCAGCAGGAGCUGAGGGCUUGUCUGCGCUGGCGUCGCCUCCAGGACGAGAUGCAGUGCUCCCCCGAGGAGAUGCAGGUGUUAAGACCCAGUAAAGACAAAACUGGCCACACAAGUGACUCAGGAGCAUCUGUUAUCAAGCAUGGACUUAAUCCGGAGAAGAUCUUCAUGCAGGUGCAUUAUUUAAAGGGCUACUUCCUUCUUCGGUUUCUUACCAAAAGACUUGGAGAUGAAACCUAUUUUUCAUUUUUAAGAAAAUUUGUGCACACAUUUCAUGGACAGCUGAUUCUUUCCCAGGAUUUCCUUCAAAUGCUACUGGAGAACAUUCCAGAAGAAAAAAGGCUUGAGCUGUCUGUUGAAAACAUCUACCAAGACUGGCUUGAGAGUUCCGGAAUACCAAAGGGGAAAUGUCGGCCAUCAGCCACCAUCAGCCACCAUAAGCUCAUUCCUAAAAAAGGACAGUUUGCCUUCAGUUCAUGAACGUGUGUCACCUGUUACAAACUAUUUCUUUGGUCCAGUCCUUCUGGGAGGAAAAAAGAAAAAAAUCUCGAGUCUUACAAACAAAACAGACAAGGGGUGGGACAAGGCAGUGCAUGGUUGGGGGCAGCGCCUUUCACUCACGUGUGUGACAGUGAGGGCCCGUGAGCUCUGAGACAGUGACUUCCAAACCAGACUGCUCACUGAGGACAAACAUCCAGGAAAAACAAGUUAAGAUUUUUCUAGGUGUGAAUAACCAACGCUUUCCCUUCAUGUUUCAGAUGGGAGUGCAGGUGGUGGGGGACAUUUGCUGAAGUUUGCCUUGUGAUCCUAAGCCAGGCUGUUACAAGGCUCCCAGACAUUCUUAGUGUGGCCUGGAAGCUGGGAGCUCCAGUAACUGGCUCCCAAAUUUCCUGGCCUGGAACAAGAAGGCUGCUGUUUGCAGCCGUUAGCCCCUAGGGAGGGGGAAAGAAAGAGACCUUAAUCCAGUGCCCAAAAGCAGGCGCACUCCACUUAGGCUGUAGUGCUGGGGCUGGCUGUCUCACUGCCGGGGGCUCUGUAAUUUCCCCUGCAGAGGAGGAGGCUUUGCUGCCAGCAGGAGGCUUUUGGUUUUCAUUAAAAGAGGGAGGGGUCUGUGGCAGGGAGAGAUUUGCCUCUGAGCUAUACAUUUUUUCCAAAGGUCUAGUUGCAUUAGUGACAGCUUAUAGUGUAGACAAGAAUCUCUGCUAUAAACUGAAGAAAGCUGCUGUCAAAACAGCCAGGUGCAGUGAGGCCAACCGGCUAUAAAUUGUGUUUAAGACCCAACUGGUAUUUCCUUGGGUGCUUCACUGUUCAGUAAAAACAACAGCAUGAGAAAGAAAAGACCCUGAUUUAGCGCAUAAUUGGUGGGUGAUCGGAUGGCGUCUUUGCAUCUCUUCUACCCGUUUCGGCCAUGAUUUCUGCGGCUGCUGCUGACUUACCUACUCUCAGCCCCUUUAGCACUCCUUGAGAGUUCCUUGCCAUUUCCACUUCAGUGAAAGGCACUACAAGGACCUGAGACCCUCCAGUUGCAGAAGGCUUGUGGUGAAUGGGACACCUUGUUCUUUGUCCCCAUCAUUAUAAUAUAAAGUUACUAGGAUGCUUGCCCUGGAAUGACAACCAGGGCCCUGAAAUUGCUCUGAUGCUCUUUGUUCUCGUAAAAAUUUCUGUCUACCAGCAAUUGAAGUCAUUCAUGACAAAAGACUCAUGUUCUACUGGUGGAGUUUUCAUUCCACAGGUUACAGAGGCUUUUUGUCUUCUCUCAGGAAGGCUCGCCUUGUGGUUGGCCUCGAUUUUCCUUUUUGGCUACGUUGAAUGGAAAUCAUUUUUAAAAAGUGGAAAUAGCUUCAGUAAAAGUGAGCAUGAGCCCUGAAGAAGCAAAAGAAAUUGGAUGCUAACCUCUUUAAAGAAUAUCCCAACUCUGUAACCUUUGGCCUUACAAAGAGAUUUAAAAUUGAUUGUACCAUCAGCACUAUAGAUUAUUUCUUUUUAUGACUUUUUUUUGGUUAUAGAAGAAGUACACAUUUACUUUGGGAUAUAAAAAAGUCUAAGAAAAUAAAAAUGACCCAGAGACAAUUUUUUAUGUACAUCCUUUCACUCAUUGUUCUGGGUAUAUAAAUACAUAUUUUACUUUUUCCUUUCUCUCCCUCUUUAAAAGUAAAAAUAACAUGCCCUCCAUAGCAAAUUCAAACAAUAGCAAAAUAGAAAACGUGAAACUCCUCGCUGCCCUCAGUCGUACCUCCAGAGAUCACCCGCACCUGAGAGCAGCCCGCUGUGUGUCCGCCCACACAGUUUCUGUGCUGAACAGCAUGUAGGCGCACAUUCUUUUGAAAUAAAAUUGGAGUCUUAUCUUCUAAACUAAGUUAUUCAUUUAAGGAUAUACACUGAGGAGUUUCCCACAUCCCUUAAUAUAAUUCAAGAGCAAUAAUUUUUUUUUUUUUUUUGAGACGAGGUCUCACUUUGUCACCCAGGCUGGAGUGCAGUGGCAUGAUCAUGGCUCACUGCAGCCUCGACCUCCCGGGCUGCGGUGAAAGGGCAGUACUUUUAAAGAGCUGCACCGCUUCCUGAUGAAUAAUACCAUAAUCAAACUUACUCGGGGCCUACCCCACACUAUUAGAAUAGUAUAUUGUACAAUUAUUCACAGAAAGUUGCACAUUCCGCUAAUUUGACAGGUCUAUAAAUAGAUUUUGGAUUUUUUUUCAUGUCCAAACAAAGGUUUCCCUUGGCCCCAUAGCCAUAUAUUCCAGUCUUCUUUUAAAACAUUUAUAUGCAAAUACACUAGAAAUAAAUUUCUGCAUCCAGCCUUUCUUCUACAAUCCUUAUUUUAGUUGCUACAGAACUGCGUUUUUGUUUUGUUUUGUUUUGUUUUGUUUUUGAGACAGAGUCUCGCUUUGUUACCCAGGCUGGAGUGCAGUGGCAAGAUUUUGGCUCACUGCAACCUCCACCUCCCGGGUUCAAGUGAUUCUUCUGCCUCAGCCUCCCUAGCAGCCAGGACUACAGGCUGGCACACACGCCUGCUAAUUUUUGUAUUUUUAGUAGAGACGGGGUUUCACCAUAUUGGCCAGGCUGGUCUCGAACUCCUGACCUCAUGAUCCGCCUGCCUCGGCCUCCUGAAGUGCUGGGAUUACAGGUGCGAGCCAGCCAGUUUCUACAGAACUCUGACUCCUCCCUUUCUUUGAUUUCCUCCCUAAAUCGCCAAGUCCUGAGGCCCUUCUGUACCCACUUAUCAAAUGUCUAAUUUUCUUUCCUAGCACCUGUGCCAUUUAUAAAUUAUAUUUCGCUUGGACUGGUGCAAUAGCAAACUGGUCUUUUAGCUCUCUCCUUUUUGAUUCAUUGUUCAUAUCAAUGCCAAGUAAAUCUUCCCACAACCCAGCUCAGACCCACUCUUCUCACCAGAGACUUUUCCCCCAUGGACAAUGGAUUUAGAACAAACUCCUUGGCCUCUAUUUGAGGCCACCAGCAGACUGGUCAAAGCCACCCUUUUCAACUUUAUUUCCCAGCAUUCUGGAGAUUCGCCCACUCAUGAUUGUCAGUGCACAGGUAUUUGCAAGCUUUUCCAUCAGCCUGCUUUUGUGCAUGCCCUUCGCUCCUUGGCAUGCAUUCCUUCCCUCUCUUUAGCAUGCAUCACAACCUGCCUUACAUGUUUCUCUCUGUAUCUGUCCCAUGCCGUCCCCUCCCCUACCCCCUCCCCCCGGAAACAAGGGUUAUGUCUAUAAGCCUCAUCCUGUAGUACCUGUUGUGAUGCUUAUCUCUUUUGGGCCUUGCAUAUAUUAAUGGUAGAUGCUCAGGAGCUCACCGUCCAAUGCACUAGCUACAUGUGGUUGGUAAGGAGUUGAAAUAUAUCGAAAGCACCUGAGGAGCUGAUUUUUUUUUUUUUGAGACGGAAUCUCGCUCUGUUGCCCAGGAUGGAGUGCAGUGGCGCGAUCUCGGCUCACUGCAAGCUCAGCCUCCUGGGUUCACGCCAUUCUCCUGCCUCAGCCUCCCGAGUAGCUGAGACUACAGGCGCUUGCCACCAAGCCUGGCUAAUUUUUUGUAUUUUUUAAUAGAGAUGGAGUUUCACCGUGUUAGGAUGGUCUUGAUCUCCUGACCUCGUGAUCUGUCUGCCUCGGCCUCCCAAAGUGCUGGGAUUACAGGCCUGAGCCACCGUACCCGGCCGGAGCUGAUUUUUUAAUUUAGUCGUAAUUAAAUUUAAAUUUAAAAUCUCAUAAUUUAGUUAUUGUUUGAAAUACCUUGGGUAUGUGAAUGAGUCUGCUUUUUCAACUCGGACUGCUAUGAAAUAUAAAUAGAGGCCAAACAUAUCUGAUGAAAAUUUAACACCCAAAUUGAGAUGGACUCUGAGAACAAAUCAGAUUUAGGAGACUUAAUACAAAAAUGGAGGUAAAUAUUUCAUUAAUGUUUUUUAAAAUGUUGGUUACGUGUUGAAAUGAUAAUAUUUUGGAUACAUUGCAACUCAAUGUAUAUACCCAAUAAAAUAUAUUAAAAUUAAUCCUACCUGUUACUUCUUUUUAAAUGUAGCAACUAGCAAAUUUAAAAAGACACAUGUGGCUUGCAUAUAUUCCUGUUGAAUAGAGCUGUUCUAAAGCUAUUAGUUGAAUUAAAAUCUGAGUGCAUAAUGCCUUAAAGUCACCCACAGAAUAGAUAUGAGUGAAAUCAUCUGUAUUUUUGUCAAAUGUGUGGGUAAAGAUAGAGCUGGUUAAUCCAUUGACACCCUUCAAUUUGCUGUGACAGCAUGGAUGAUGAGAAUCCACAGGUACGGGGCGGGAGUGCUGGGUUCACAGUAGACAUUCAGAGGGCAUGAACUAGCAGCCUUACAUCAGCUGUGGUUUUCAACUCCCGGUAGACCGGUUUCCUGAGGUGUGAACAAUAAGCACACUGCCUCAGGUAAACCUCACAUGUCUUCUGUACCUCAGUCUCCUCUUUGGAGGAAGUGCUCAGCAGCCAGUUCCUGGCAAAAUCAUCACAGCAGCGGCAGUGAGGAGGAGAGAGAAGAUGGGAAAUGAGCCAACAAUAAUGUGUCCCAGAAAUAGGCUGAAAGCAACUUGGGUUCCCAGACUUGCUCCUGAAUCCCAGAAUUUAGAACAACAGGUUAUUUUGUCAUCUUGGGAAAAUGCCACUUCUUUCCGAGCAAACACCUGCAAGUUGCCAGAGGCCGCAUGAGCAGAUGAUAGAAAACUGAAGUCUUGUAGGGAAAAUGCUGCAAUCACAGAAUUGAGAAUACUUGAUAAGACAGUAUGCAAGAGGCUUUAUGUCACUGUAGUCACGAUGUGCUUUUAGCACAGUUGGUUUUAUAGGGGAAUGACUAGUAGACUUCUUAUAGCACAUAUUAUGCAAUAUUAUCAAUAUAAUUUUAAGGCCUAUUUAGAAGAAUUCUACAUUUAAUGGUCAGUCAAGAAAACUGAAACUGAUUAUUUUGCAAAUUCCAGAGAAAGUAUAUUUUUCAAAUUAUAUGAA